AUGAAGAUUUUCCAAGCCCUCGCCCUCGCCAGCAUUGCAGCCGUGGCCACUGCUCAAAGCACCUGCAAGAAGGAAAAUGAACAAUGCAAUGCCGGAGUCGCGCCACAAUACGGCUGCUGCGAGGGCUUUGUCUGCCAAGUUCCGCCCAACUCACCGCCCGGAGCAGCAGGAAAAAUUCUUGCAAGAAGGAAGGUGAACAUUGUAAUGCUGGAGUUGCUCCUCAAUACGGGUGUUGCGAGGACCUCGUCUGUCGAACUCGUCCGGGUUCGCCACCUGGAGGUGCGGGAAAAUGUGUACAGAAGUGUGACACAGAUGGAGAACGAGCCGGAAUCCCGGGGAGAAUCUCGAGCUGGUCCUGGCCGAGGGUCUCGCGCAGUUCCAAGAAACCCGACCGACCACACAGGCAGGCCCGGUGAAAGUCGCUCCAGGAGCAGCGCAACCGGCUCACAAACCAGCAGCCUCAUCAGAAAACCGGGUUCGCAAGUAGGAGGGCCAAGAAGGGUUCGAGAGAUACUGCACGCAGGGAUACAAGCAGGCUUCCAGAAGGAGCAGGAGUUUCUUGCUUUUAGGAACCUAGCAACAACCGGCAUCGAGGGUUCAGAACAGUUUCCAAAUGGGAACAUGACCACUGUGGCUGGCAUGCAGAAAGUUUGUGACCGUCUGGCUGGAAUGCACCUUGAUCGUGAAUAUGAGCUUGCUUAUGCUCGAUACAUGGUUGAUGGUGGUUUGCCCACUAAUGAAAUUGACGAUUCGAUGGAAGAGUUGGACGAGGCUCAGGGAUUGCGAUUUGCCAGGCAUUCAGGAUCUGCACACUGUGCCACUGAGCGUCUUCAAGAGUUGCUUGAGCCCGGUAACGUCGGAGAAUGUCUGGAAAUGGCGAAACAUCAACGGGGAUGUACACGCCUGCUCGUUAAAUCAAUCACCUUCAAGAAGAUCGACCCCGCAAACCAGCCAAACAGUAUGGAUUCUGAAGCAGAGGUCAUCAUGACUGUGAAGAAUGACGAUCGCAAGGGCUUCAUCGCUGUUUACGAAACCGACAUGAUGGCUCCCCCAGCGACUGACUCUUCAUGUAGGUCCGGUCACUCAAGUACGGUCCCACAGCCCUGGCACUUGGUACAUAUCAUAAAGCCGCUCUGGAUGUAUAAGAGAUCCGGAGAACUCAUUUUUGGCCCGCAGUCCGGACUGGUCAUUUCCAUACCACGCAGCCAAGUUGUGAAGUUGAAGGAUGUUUGGGCACCUUCACCUGGAGGUCCAGCUGGCGGUUCUGGCCAUGAGCCACUGAGCCUCUGCACUUCGCUACGGUAUACACGUACCAGAGACGUAGUUCCGAGCUUUGAGUGGUCGGAGAAGAAAAGGGGGCUACACUGGCUUGGGUCAAACGAGUUCCUCACGCUGGGGACGUUUUUUGAAUAUCUUGACUACAACCCCAAAGAUGGCUCGUGGUCAAAUGUUGGGGAGAGAUACAAGGAGGAAUGCUUGAAGUGGAAGGAAGUGCAGGACGCAAUGGCAGAGUCAGCUUGUAUUGUUGAGAUUGAGUCUGAGCCUGGCGAGGGAUGGGAGGACAUUCCCCCGCUUGAUGAGUCAACUCGGGAACGGGGACAUGACAAGUUUCCCUUGAAGUAUGGUGCCUAG